UUGGGUCCGGGCGACAUGAUGAAACUUCCCGCACGCGUUACAGAAGCCGGGUGGCUAUAAGGUGAGAAGCGGUCCUCCGCCCCUCCUGUUGUGGCUGCGCCGCCUCCGCUCCCCCACCUCCCGCACUGGCCGCUAGUGCACAGAGUGCCUGCAGCUCUCCUGCAGCAUGUGUGGCAUCUGGGCCCUCUUCGGCAGCGAUGACUGCCUUUCCGUGCAGUGUCUGAGUGCUAUGAAGAUUGCGCACAGGGGACCGGAUGCCUUUCGCUUUGAGAAUGUCAAUGGAUACACCAACUGCUGCUUUGGAUUUCACCGGUUGGCUGUGGUUGACCCCCUGUUUGGAAUGCAGCCAAUAAGAGUGAGGAAAUACCCUUAUCUGUGGCUCUGUUACAAUGGUGAAAUCUACAACCACAAGGCGCUACAACAACGUUUUGAAUUUGACUAUCAGACCAAUGUGGAUGGUGAGGUUAUCCUGCAUCUCUAUGACAAAGGAGGUAUUGAGCAAACCAUUUGUAUGUUGGAUGGGGUGUUCGCGUUUAUCCUCCUGGACACCGCCAACAAAAAAGUGUUUCUGGGCAGAGAUACCUACGGAGUCAGGCCCUUGUUUAAAGCCAUGACCGAAGAUGGAUUUCUGGCUGUGUGUUCAGAAGCUAAAGGGCUCGUUUCGUUGAAGCACUCCACAACCCCCUUCUUAAAAGUGGAGCCCUUUCUUCCUGGACACUACGAAGUUUUGGAUUUAAAACCAAAUGGCAAAGUUGCAUCCGUGGAGAUGGUGAAAUACCAUCACUGUAGGGAUGAACCGCUGCACGCCUUCUAUGACAGCGUGGAGAAACUCUUCCCAGGCUUCGAGUUAGAAACGGUGAAGUGCAAUCUGCGUAUCCUUUUUGACAAUGCUGUCAGGAAACGCUUGAUGACGGACCGGAGGAUUGGUUGCCUUUUAUCAGGGGGCCUGGACUCCAGCCUGGUUGCCGCCUCCCUGCUGAAGCAACUCAAGGAGGCGCAAGUGCAGUAUCCUCUGCAGACAUUUGCGAUUGGCAUGGAAGACAGCCCCGAUCUCCUGGCUGCUAGGAAGGUGGCAAAUUAUAUUGGAAGUGAGCAUCAUGAAGUCCUUUUUAAUUCUGAAGAAGGCAUUCAGGCCCUGGAUGAAGUCAUAUUUGCCUUGGAAACUUAUGACAUUACGACAGUUCGAGCAUCUGUAGGUAUGUAUUUGAUUUCCAAGUAUAUUCGGAAGAACACAGACAGCGUGGUCAUCUUCUCGGGAGAAGGGUCAGAUGAACUUACGCAGGGCUACAUAUAUUUCCACAAGGCUCCUUCUCCCGAGAAGGCGGAGGAGGAAAGUGAGCGGCUGCUCAAGGAACUCUACCUGUUCGAUGUUCUCCGUGCUGACCGCACUACUGCUGCCCAUGGUCUCGAACUGAGAGUCCCGUUUCUGGAUCACCGGUUUUCCUCCUAUUACCUGUCUCUGCCACCAGAAAUGAGAAUUCCAAAAAAUGGGAUAGAAAAACACCUCCUGAGAGAGACAUUUGAGGACUCCAACCUGCUGCCCAAAGAGAUUCUCUGGAGACCAAAAGAAGCCUUCAGUGACGGGAUCACCUCAGUCAAGAACUCCUGGUUCAAGAUUUUACAGGACUAUGUGGAACAUCAGGUUGAUGAUGCAAUGAUGGCAGCGGCUGCCCAGAAGUUUCCCUUCAAUACUCCCAAAACGAAAGAAGGCUAUUACUACCGCCAGAUCUUUGAACGCCAUUACCCAGGCCGGGCUGAUUGGUUGACCCAUUAUUGGAUGCCCAAGUGGAUCAAUGCCACCGACCCUUCUGCCCGAACACUCACCCAUUAUAAGUCAGCUGCCAAAGCUUAGCUGAUCUCUAAACUCUAGUGUGAAAGUAAGUGUUCCUUCUGACUCUAAAGGUAGAGACAUUGCGACAAACACAGAAAUAAUGCAAAUCAGCCAUCAACCGCUCAGGCUUAAAGGCAUGGAAAGAAAUAAAGAUAUUACAUUUAAAA